GCGGUUUAUCCAAAAUGGCGCUGUCCAGGCAAAGCCGAACAAGUUUGAUUUGUUUCGUUCUUGGUGCCGGUCUGCUGUUUCUAUCAAUUCUAGGUCAUUUGAGUAGCAGCACCCACUAUCUAUGGGAAACAUUUUAUGUAUUUAUUUGUCUAGCAUAUGUACUCGUAGCUCAUGCUUCAACAUUUUUCAUUUACAGAGAAGAACCAAAUUUGUACAAGAAUGCACUGAGGGCUUUGUUGUUGGGUAAUAUUUUCGGAUUUGGUCUGUUGAUCAGUUUUUCAAAUACAACUUGGACACAUUUUGGAUGGUAUCUAAUAGCUUUAUCAUUCUUUCAUUGGUCUGAAUAUUAUACAACAUCUGUUACCAAUCCUAGAUCUUUAACACUAGAAUCAUAUUUAUUAGACCAUAGUUUAGAGUAUAAAAUAGCUGCAGUAGCAAGUUGGACAGAAUUUACAAUAGAAUGGUUCCUGUUUCCAGGUUUAAAACAGUACCGUUUGAUAAGUUUAGUGGGUUUAUUAAUGGUGAUAGGAGGAGAGGUAUUACGUAAAGCCAGUAUGAUAACAGCUAGAAGUAAUUUUAAUCAUUAUGUACAACAUAUAAAACAACAUGAUCAUCAACUAGUUACUCAUGGUGUAUAUAGAUAUUUCAGACAUCCUUCAUAUGUUGGCUGGUUUUAUUGGAGUUUAGGAACUCAAAUUAUUUUGUGUAACCCGAUCUGUUUGGUUGGCUAUACCUUGGCAUCCUGGAGAUUUUUUAGACAGAGAAUUCACGAGGAAGAAAUCUCACUGCUCAAUUUUUUCGGCGAACAUUAUGUAGAUUAUCAAAAUCGUACCGGCACUGGCCUUCCUUUUAUUAAAGGCUAUAAAGGACGAUAUUAAAAGACUUUAAAACUAAAUUAAAACAAUUUUCUGAUUUGAGGAAAAGCAGAGGGAAUAAUUUAGAAAUUGUACUGUCAUUUCAAUAUAUCAUAGGUUAUAACUGUUGAUAUAUAUAAAACACUCUUGGAAUAUUAUCUCAGAUAAGGAAUAGCAAAAGGAAUAAUUUAGAAAUGUUUUGAAAUAAAGCACAUUUCGAUCUUUAAAGAUCUAAUGAGGAGACUGAAAAAUUAUCAGAUGAAAGAUCUGAAAUGUUGAUAUUGCCAAGAUGGCACUGAACAGUCUUUUUCACUGGCUAAAAACCAUUAAUGUGGGUAGGCCAGGCAUAAAUCUAAAAGUGAUAUUCGUAGCAGGUUGGUCAACAUAUAGGGCAGAUUGGUAAUCAUACAGGGCAGGUUGGUAAUCAUACAGGGCAGGUUGGUAGACAUACUGGGCAGGUUAGUAAACAUAACGGGCAGGUUGGUAAUCAUACUGGGCAGGUUGGAAAAACAUUUUGAAAAAAAGAUGCUAAAACAAAGCCAAGACAUUGGCUGAAGUUUGCUAUUAAUUUAAACUGUGUUAUGAGACUGGAUUAAAUCAGGGAUGGCCAACUAAUGACACAUUGUACCUAUUAAAAAUAAUCAUCUGAUAUUAUUUCCCAGAUGUCUCGGUCACAGAUGUUAACAGAUUAAAUAGGAGCUAACACAAUCAAUAAUGAUCCUGUGUUUCUAACAUUUUGUCUUGAUAUCUUUUGAAGUUGUAUGAUAAAUAUGAAUUUAUACAGAUCAGAUUCAUAAUUGGAACAUGGAAGUUAAAUGUUUGGGUUGUUUGGCCACCCCUGGUUUCAGUCAUUUGUUAUUUCUGCAUUGUUCUAGUUGAAAUUAUGAAUAAAAAUAUUUUCUCAUUAUUAUGUAGUUUAUAUCAUGAUCACAUAUUGAUCAUAAGUUGUUAUUCAGGUGUAGUGAGGUCCUAGUGCAGUAUCGUCGGUGAAGUGUCAAAAGGGUGUAUCUAAGUAUUUCUAAAGAUUAAGAAAUAGAACCUUUUGCAUUUCAAAAUUUCUACAAAUCAAGAUACAACAUUUGGUCACAUGAUACCCAGAACAGUUCUAAUUGGCGUAGAGAUACACAGCUUAAACAGAAAUGUGCAUAUUAUUGGGAGAGUUUAAAAAUGCAAAAAAGUGCAUUUGACUAAUUUCCGGAGAUACACCCUUUUGACACCUCACCGAGGUUAUACCAGUAUAUAGAUUUAUCAUAAGUUGUUGUUUUAGUGUAGGGAGGCCUUAGUGCACUUGAUCAGAAGUUUUUAUUCUAGUGUAGUGAGGCCCUGGUGCACUACAAUAUAGCAAUAUAGAUUGAUCAAAAUGUGUAAUAUAGGUGCAGUCUGUGUGCACUAUAUCUUUUGUUGAUACCAGAAAUAAUUUCAUUGAUGAACUAAGUACAUGUAUUUAUUAUGUAAAUUAAGUGUAUAUAUUUGCUCAAUAAUUAGGUAUUGUACCACACUUACAUAUCAUGUGCUGGAAAUGACAGAAAUGGAUGGUCUUUUCAAACCAAUUGGAAGGUUGGAAAUUCCAAAAGGCCAAAUUAAAACACCAAACUGACCUGAAAAAAGACUUUAUAAAGCAUUUAAUGAUUUUGCAUUAACUGGAUGUUUACUGAGUUUAAAUGUUAAGCUUCAACAUCAAAUUGUCUUUUGGUGCAAUUUGAUUACCGUUUUACAAGACAGUGUCAGGAAACAUAAACAUUCUUAUAGGCACAGGUAGCACGAACAUCACAAAUUAAUAUUGUUUGUAUUUUUUAAGAUUUUCAAUAGAUGUUAAAAUAUAUUCAGAGCAUUUAAUAAACCUAUCAAAUCAUUAUUGAAAUUAAAAUGGAUUUAGAUUGUCGAUAAAUGUGUCUAGUAUCAAGAAGAACAAGACAUAAUUUUCUAGUUUCUUGUUCAGAUUUGUUUAUUAUAUAUUUAUUGAUUUUUUAUAUAGAGGUGUUCAGCUAUUAUAUUUCUGUAGAUCAACUGGUAAAUUAUUUAAAUUUACUUUCCAAAAAUGAUCUAUGGUAUUAAAACAGUAUUUAUUGUUAAAAAUUUGUCCAAUAAAAUGUCUGUUUCUAUAAAAUUUAUGUACAGUUAUUAAAUUUAGUGUUUUAAAAAAUUAUUCAACACAAAAGUCUUGUCUCUAAGUCUGUUGUUAAGUGCCUGCUGUUCUUGUACUUUGAAAUAAAACCAGUUAAUUCUU